UAUAACAUUUGCAGCUGUCGGAAUGUAGUCCAUAUGUCGCUCGCAAAAUCGAGACAGAGCCGUGAUGAUCGGCAAGGCUAGUGCUGUAGGUUCUGUAACCUGCCCAGCACUUAAAUCCGAUAUCGUUCCCAAGGAAUGUUUGAAACCUCAACGUCGCCGAUUCUCUGCUUCCGAUAGUGAGAUUAGAUUCCUUUCUUUCAUAGACUGAUAACCCUGCAACAUCAUGGAUACAGCCAUUGACCUUUCCGAUGCCUCCAAGGCGUUGGAUCUCGCCAACAUCCGCUUCCAGCUAAUCCGACUUGAAGAUACUAUCACUUUUCAUCUUAUCGAACGGGUCCAAUUUCCCCUCAACAAGCCUGUCUACACUCCCGGCGGUGUAUCAAUCCCUGAAACUAAUAUCAGCCUCCUGGACUACCUGCUUCGCGAACAGGAACGCAUUCAGUCCCGCGUCCGUCGCUACCAAUCGCCCGAUGAAUACCCUUUCUUCCCCGAGGUUCUGGAAGAACCUAUCCUGGCGCCCCUGCAAUACCCCAAAAUCUUGCACGACAAUGACGUGAACGUCAAUGGCAUCAUCAAGCAACGCUACAUUGAGAACAUUCUUCCCGCCGUCUGCGCUCAAUUCGGCCGUGAAGACCGCGGCGAGACUCAGGAAAACUAUGGCUCCUCCGCUACCUGCGAUGUCAGCUGUCUACAGGCCCUUUCGCGUCGCAUCCAUUUUGGCAAGUUCGUCGCUGAGGCCAAGUUCCAGAAGGAACCCGAACGCUUCGUCAAAUUGAUUAAGGCCAACGACCGCGAGGGUAUUGAUGCUGCCAUCACCGAUGCGAAGGUCGAACAGAAGGUUCUCGAGCGCUUGGCCUUGAAGGCCAAGACAUACGGUACCGAUCCCGCCUUUCCCACGGAGAGCGGACUUAAGAUCAAUGUGGAGGCGGUGGUUGCGAUGUACAAGGUGAGAAUACUCUCCUGUGAGGUCUGGAUAUUCACUGAUUGUCUUUUAGGAAUAUGUCAUUCCCCUUACUAAAGUCGUCGAGGUUGAUUAUCUGAUGCAGCGCCUGAAGGGCACGCAAUGGGAGUGAAAGGGAACAAGUGAAUACUUGUCACUCACCUAUAAACGGAUUUCUUAGAUACUAUUAUGAUACCAUUAAAAUGUGCAAUAAAAGAAGCCGGGGU